GACUGCGGACACAGUACAGCGAAUGACCCGAGACUGCAGACAUAGUAGAGGGGAUGACCAGAGACUGCGGACACGGUACAGGGGAUGACCAGAGACUGCGGACACGGUACAGGGGAUGACCGGACUGCGGACACGGUACAGGGGAUGACCAGAGACUGCGGACUGGUACGGACAGAGACUGCGGACACGGUACAGGGGACCAGAUGGACCAGGGACUGCAGACAUAGUAGAGAUGACCAGAGAAUGCAGACGGUACAGGGGAAUGGCCAAGAGACUGCGGACCUUUGGGGAGGAGAGGGGGAGCGAUGUGGGCAC